AUGUCGAAGAAGGUGGAGGAGGCGAACAAGCUCGCCGAAAGUACAUACAAGAAUGUGAUGGAUCAGUUCAACCCAGGUCUUAGGAACCUGGUGAACCUGGGGAAGAGCUAUGAGAAGUCUGUUAAUGCUAUGUCCAUGGCAGGAAAGUUGUAUUUUGAUGCACUGUCUAAGAUUGGAGAGAAUGCUGCGGGCUCUGCUGUCUCCAAAGAAUUGGGUGCAGUGCUGGUGGAAAUCUCUGAGGUGCACAGGAUGGCUCAUCUUGAGCUGGAGGAAAAUUUUAAGAGGUUCCACAGGGAUGUAAUAGCCGAGCUGGAGAGGAAGACUGAAAUGGAUGUCAAAUACAUGACAGCCACAUUUAAGAGGUACCAGAUGGAGCACAAGAUGAAGCAGGAUUCUCUGGAGAGGUCCCAGGCAGACCUGAAAAAGCUGAGGAGGAAGAGCCAAGGCAAGAACGCCAACAAGUACGAAAACAAGGAAAGCGAGAUCCUGGAAGCUCUGACAAGUCGACAGACGGAGAUGCAGUUGUUCCUCGCAGAUGGCUGCAAGGAGGCUUUGCUGGAGGAGAAGAGACGCUUCUGUUUUCUUGUCGACAAACACUGCAUGCUAACUUAUCAGUUUGCGUCCUACCAUGACAAGACCAGAGACAUACUGUCCACAAAGCUGAGCAGCUGGCAGGACCAGUGCAACGAUGCCACCAACAUGCCUGACGACGUUUUGUCCAUGAUUGACGAACUGCGCAAGCCGGUCACCAUUGCACCGCUGCCUUCCCCCACCCCAUCACGACACAGCAUGAGCAUCUCUACUCCCCCGGCUCCACCUCUGAAGGCUCACACCAGCCCUCUGGCUAAUAUGUUCAACCACCAGGAAAGCAACACUAACAGUGUGGCUGCUCAUACUCCUAUCAAAAACAGCACAGACCAUGAAAACGGUGACGAUAACAAUCUUGCCAGGUCUGUGUCUGUUGCCACGGGCCUCAACAGCAUGGCGAGGAGGCCACGGGUGCGUACCAUCUUCCCCCACAACGCUGGCAACAACAGCACCCUGCUGAGCUUUGAUGAGGGGGACAUCAUUGUCCUGCUCAUCCCUGACGAGAAGGAUGGUUGGAUGUACGGCGAAAUGGAAAAGAAUGGAAAGAGGGGCUGGUUCCCUUCAUCUUACUGCCGCGCUCUCACCGAGCCGCUCGUGAAUAACAACAGUGAGACUGUCGCCCCUCACCGCAGCAGAAGUGUGGUCAACCUCCACCAUCAAGACACAGAGACGGAUGAAGCAACCAUGGUGCUCCCCUCGACAGACUACUUCAACGUCAAGAGCAACGCCUUGCCCGCCGCAAGCGUCGCCACAAAUAACCACCAGCACUCCCCUACGCCCUCGGCGGUGUCCUCCGCCUCCUCAUCUGAUCAGAACACGGCUGCACAGUCGAACGGCACCGCGAGACCUCCCCCUGCCUUCCUCGCCGGAGGGAACCCAUUCUCAACAGUCAGGCUACGACCAACUGUGACCAACGAUCGCUCUGCACCCGCCAUCUGAUCUCCAACAUUUCCAUCCACCUCCUCGACUCAUAUUUUGGCCUCUGCUCUUAUGGUCCAGCAGCUUCUCCUGGGUCAAGGCAGAGGAGGAAAAAGGCCAUUUGAAACCGCUACAAGCUGAUAUGAUAAACUUAAGUAUUUUGAGACCGUUUUAGUAACUGAACAGAAGUUCAUUUAUUUAUGAUAUAUAUAUAUUUUCUAUGUCUAUAUUUUAGUCAGUCUGUGUGUGGUGGUGAGAUUUAAAUGACCACAUUCUAACUUGCACUUGAGACAUGGAUGAAUAAAAAAAAAAACUGGACAGUGAGAAUCUUACAAUGUAUUUAUGCCGUUGAUGUUGCUUGUCUGACUGUUAGAAACCAUUUAGUGGUCAUAGGACAAUACUGUGCAGGACUCCGACAUUUCACCUUUAGGUCCUAAUGUAUAAACUCGCUGUUGAAAGUCACUACAGACAUGUUGUUGUGGGGAGGAAAAUGAUGUAAACAAAUGCGUCACGGAGGGAUCGUCUUUGCUCCUCUUGUAUAGACAUUUGUUUAACUGAUUCUUUGUUGUCCAUUGCCAUCUAAAUUAAGUUGUUUUUUUGUUUUUUUGUAAUGUGGACACUCGUGCCUUAAUAAUGCAUACUGUAAAGUAAAUUUUACCUGUACUUUAUCCCAGCUGUGCAAUUCUGAUAUAACCAUCCCAGAUGGUAAACAUGUAUGCUUUUCCAUCACUCAUUACAUCCUUCUUAUGAUUUGCUAUAUAACAAAUAAAGAUUUAUUUCUUCA